AUGAGUGAUCCCAUUUGGUCCAACAUGUGGUACAUGCAUUGUGCUGAUAAGAACAGUCGCUGUCGGUCAGAGAUGAACGUCCAGGCGGCGUGGAAGCGUGGCUACACGGGGAAGAACGUGGUUGUCACCAUCCUCGACGACGGCAUAGAAAGGAAUCACCCAGACCUGGCCCCCAACUACGAUUCCUAUGCGAGCUACGAUGUCAACGGAAACGACUACGACCCAUCCCCGAGAUAUGACGCCAGCAACGAGAACAAACACGGUACUCGCUGUGCGGGAGAAGUCGCUGCUUCGGCCAACAACUCCUACUGCAUCGUGGGCAUAGCAUACAAUGCAAAGAUAGGAGGCAUCCGGAUGCUGGACGGCGAUGUGACCGAUGUGGUUGAGGCCAAGUCUCUGGGCAUCAGACCCAACUACAUUGACAUUUACAGCGCCAGCUGGGGACCAGAUGACGACGGGAAGACAGUCGAUGGACCAGGCCGGCUGGCUAAACAGGCUUUCGAGUAUGGCAUUAAAAAGGGUCGACAAGGUCUGGGCUCCAUUUUUGUCUGGGCCUCUGGGAAUGGCGGGAGAGAAGGGGACCACUGCUCCUGUGAUGGCUACACCAACAGCAUCUACACCAUCUCCGUCAGCAGCACCACUGAGAACGGCCACAAACCCUGGUACCUGGAGGAAUGUGCUUCCACCUUGGCUACCACCUACAGCAGCGGGGCCUUCUAUGAACGGAAGAUCGUCACCACAGACCUGCGUCAGCGCUGCACCGACGGCCACACUGGGACGUCAGUCUCAGCCCCCAUGGUGGCUGGCAUCAUUGCCUUGGCUCUAGAAGCAAACAACCAGUUGACCUGGAGGGAUGUGCAGCACCUGCUAGUGAAGACAUCACGACCAGCUCAUCUGAAGGCGAGCGACUGGAAAGUCAACGGAGCUGGGCAUAAAGUUAGCCAUCUCUAUGGAUUUGGCUUGGUGGACGCCGAAGCUCUGGUCCUAGAGGCAAGGAAGUGGACAGCGGUGCCAUCCCAGCACACGUGCGUGGCCACCACAGACAAACGGCCCAGGAGCAUCCCCAUAGUGCAGGUGCUGCGGACCACAGCCCUGACCAAUGCCUGUGCGGACCACUCCGACCAGCGUGUGGUGUACCUGGAGCACGUGGUAGUCCGCAUCUCUAUCUCACACCCACGCCGGGGCGACCUCCAGAUCCACCUGAUUUCUCCCUCUGGAACCAAGUCUCAACUUUUGGCAAAGAGAUUACUGGAUUUUUCCAAUGAGGGGUUCACAAACUGGGAAUUCAUGACCGUCCACUGCUGGGGAGAAAAGGCCGAAGGAGAAUGGACUCUGGAAGUGCAGGACAUACCAUCGCAGGUCCGCAACCCAGAGAAACAAGGAAAGUUGAAAGAAUGGAGCCUCAUUUUCUACGGCACCGCGGAGCACCCAUACCGCACCUUCAGCUCCCAUCAGUCUCGCUCACGGAUGCUGGAGCUCUCAGUCCCGGAGCAGGAGCCGCCCAAGGCUGCUGGACCACCACCCCAGGCAGAGACUGCAGAAGACGAGGAAGAGUACACAGGUGUGUGCCAUCCUGAGUGUGGUGACAAAGGCUGCGAUGGUCCCAAUGCAGACCAGUGCUUGAACUGUGUCCACUUCAGCCUGGGGAACUCCAAGACAAACAGGAAGUGUGUGAGCGAGUGCCCCUUGGGUUACUUUGGGGACACAGCAGCAAGGCGCUGCCGUCGAUGCCAUAAGGGAUGUGAGACGUGCACGGGCAGGAGCUCAACACAGUGCCUGUCCUGUCGCCGUGGGUUCUAUCAUCACCAGGAGACUAACACGUGUGUGACCCUCUGUCCUGCCGGACUUUAUGCCGACGAAAGUCAGAGACUCUGCCUCAGGUGCCACCCGAGCUGUCAGAAGUGUGUGGAUGAACCUGAGAAGUGCACUAUGUGUAAGGAAGGAUUCAGCCUUGCUCGGGGCAGCUGCAUUCCGGACUGUGAGCCAGGUACCUACUUCGACUCUGAGCUCAUCAAAUGUGGGGAAUGCCAUCACACCUGCAAGACCUGCGUGGGGCCCAGCAGAGAAGAGUGUAUUCACUGUGCAAAAAGCUUCCACUUCCAAGACUGGAAAUGCGUGCCGGCCUGUGGUGAGGGCUUCUACCCCGAGGAGAUGCCUGGCUUACCCCACAAAGUGUGUUGAAGAUGUGAGGAAAACUGUCUAAGCUGCGAGGGCUCCAGCAGGAACUGCAGCAGAUGUAAAGCUGGCUUCACGCAGCUAGGGACCUCCUGCGUCACCAACCACACGUGCAGCAAUGCCGAUGAGACCUUCUGCGAGAUGGUGAAGUCCAAUCGGCUCUGCGAACGGAAGCUCUUCAUCCAGUUUUGCUGCCGCACCUGCCUCCUGGCUGGCUAGGGGCGCCAGCUGCCCGCAGAGGGCAGGGUCCUCCUGUCUGCCCAUUGGCCCAUCUACCUUCCUACAGAUGGUCAGCCAUAGCCUGUUCCUUGGGGUGGCCCUGCAUCUGACAGCUAUAUCUCCCUCAGAGCUGGGUCCUACUGCAGCAUCUCCGAGCACCUGAACGAGGUGGAGGUGGCCCUUAGGGAUAUGUGGCUAAAUUGACAAAAAAAACAAAAACAAAAACAAAAACAAAACCCUGAACUCUGCUUGCUGGCUGCAGUCUAAAGUUGGGCUCAAAAUAGGAACAAAAUGAAUUAUGAGACUCAUGCCUGCAACUUCGGAGUGGCUUCUGGGACCCUAGUUUACUGAAACUUCAAGACCAAAGCAGAAAAAAAGAGAUGCCUGGCCAUCACGUCAAGUCCUCCUCCCGCAUAUUUGUGUGGCCAUGACAAAUCUCACAGAGUUGGCUGGCAGGACCCUAUGCUGUCCUCACCUAUGAUAAAGGGCCUCGCUCCCUCCCCAUGCAUCACACAGCCUGAGGGACAAUUGAUCAGACUGUAAAUAAAAUAGGUUUCAGGGCAUAAGAUGUAUGACCACUGGGGAUAGAAUCUACGUCUACGCAGUCAGCUCCUUCCAAAAU